ACUGCGGCACGAUGGUCGUCACGAAAGAUACGUUCCUGCCAACGGAGGAAGAGCUGACGGUGCCGGAGAUUAACCUUUCCGGGCCAGCUCUCCGUGCCGGUGCGUUCCAUCUGGGCAAGUACUGUGAAGCGCAAAACAAUGAAUUCAUGUUAUGCCGCCAAGAGCUGGAAGACCCGCGGGCUUGCAUUAACGAGGGCAAAGCGGUAACUAACUGUGCGUUCGAGUUCUUCCGAAAGCUAAAGAAGACGUGCGCCCAGGAGUUUACGCAGUAUGCCAACUGUCUGGACAAGAGCAGUGGCGAUUUGAAUUUCAAGCACUGCCGCAAAACGCAGGGCGUUUACGAUAAAUGUGUACUGGACAAUAUGCAACUGGAGCGUCCCGAUUAUGGUUAUUUCUGCCGGGCCAAGGUUCACGCCACGGAACGCCCACCGCCACCGAAGAAAGAGAAGGUGGUGUAUCCGGACGCUACACCAGGACUGCCGGAAGAUUAUCCACGACCCGAAUCGAAAUAUGGUUCUCGUUUCCACUGGCUGAACUAG